CAACAACAACUACUACUGAAAUACCAACUACCCAGUCGACAACCACUACCACUGAAACACCGACUACCGAAUCAACAACAACCACUACUGAGACACCCACUACCGAAUCAACAACAACUACCACUGAAACACCGACUACCGAAUCAACAACCACUACUACUGAAAUACCAACUACCCAGUCAACAACCACUACUACUGAAACACCAACUACCCAGUCAACAACCACUACCACUGAAACACCGACUACCGAAUCAACAACCACUUCUACUGAAAUACCAACUACCCAGUCAACAACCACUACUACUGAAACACCAACUACCCAGUCAACAACCACUACCACUGAAACACCGACUACCGAAUCAACAACCACUUCUACUGAAACACCAACUACCCAGUCAACAACCACUACCACUGAAACUCCAACUACCGAAUCAACAACAACUACUACUGAAAUACCAACUACCCAGUCGACAACCACUACCACUGAAACACCGACUACCGAAUCAACAACAACCACUACUGAGACACCCACUACCGAAUCAACAACAACUACGACUGAAACACCGACUACCGAAUCAACAACCACUACUACUGAAAUACCAACUACCCAGUCAACAACCACUACUACUGAAACACCAACUACCGAAUCAACAACAACCACUACUGAGACACCCACUACCGAAUCAACAACAACUACUACUGAAAUACCAACUACCCAGUCAACAACCACUACCACUGAAACACCGACUACCAAAUCAACAACAACCACUACUGAGACACCCACUACCAAAUCAACAACAGCUACCACUGAAAAACCAACUUCUGAAUCAAUGACAACUAGUACUCCAUUACCUGGAACCACUAUCUUUACAUUAACAACAACUACCUCAUUAUUAUCCAAAACAACGACUACUAUACGAGCGACAACAACGUAA